AUGGCAGACAAGGCCGUCGACUACGGUCGCAAGCCCGCAGCAGUACCUUCCAGCCGCCCAGCCAACAACGCUUUUAAAAGCGCCAUUGCGCGCACGUUUGCCGCGUCCACAUCACGUAUCAACACGAACAAGGGCUCGAGACAGGUCUCUGCGCCUUCGCACAGUGGCAGCGUAGGCCCGAUUGCGCGCGUACCCACUGCGACUGCGAGACCAAAGUCCUCGUACGGCCAAUAUGGUCAGCAUGCUCGUAGCAAGUCGCACCAUCAGGUUUCGCGCCCAGCGACUGCGAUGCAACAGCGCGACGAUGAAGAAGAUGACCUCGAGAGGCAAGAGCGCAAAGGUGUGCACCCUUUCUCCCUAUCAACGACUCCAAAAGAGACGCUCAAAGUUCCCAAACACGCCCCCAAACCUCUACAGAGGCGCCCGACUUCUCUCAAUGUACCCCCGAAGAGGGCCUCUCAUUUGUCACACUCCAGAGCUGUAUCCUCUCCUUCAAACUUUCGCUCCAUCACUCCCGUCAUGGAAGAGCCCGACGAUAGCUGCGACGAUAUCUGCAACACUCUUGGAGAGCUCAAGUUGGGCCCUACAAAAGCAGAAACUCGAGACAGCCUUAUCGGUGGCGCAACGAUCCAUGGCAAGGAGGCCAACCCGUUCCUUAGACCUCUUGCAUCUCAGAUCCCUAUCAAAACACCAGCGCGACAGAUGAUGACGCCGAUCCCGGCCCAGAAGCAGUUUGCCGCAGCCACACCGAAGUCGUUGGCACCCUUUUUGAAUAGAUUUACUAACGAUCGUUGUCCAGAUUUCUACGACGACCGAAUCGAGACUAUGGAACGCGACUUCCGCAUGUUCAAAGAGAAGAUGGAAUCUGACAUGCAGCAAUCGACCGACUACAAGGAGACGAUUCAGCAGUUGCAAAGUCGGGUCACUGAGCUCGACGCCCUCCGUGCGCGCCUGGAGACGCUAAACAAAGGUCUGGAAGGAGAUCUCAAGGACACUCAGAGCUGCUUGAGCACAGUCAAGAUGGAGCUGGAGAUGACGCAACGGAAUCACUCAUUCGAGACCGAAGAUCUACGACGAAAGCUUCGCAAUGAGAUAGAAGAUCUCGAAUUCAAACACGAGAAAGAGACCAAGCGAGUGUUGAGAGACAAGGAAGAUUCAGAAGAGAAGUUGCGCAAAGACUUCGAAGUCCGGGUCGACAAGCUGCUCAAGGAACACAACGAAGAGCUGGCCAAGCUUCAGAAGAAGCUAGAUGCUGACAGUGAAGUCGAACGAAGUCGGCGUGCACAGGAAGCGCAGAAGAUCGAAGCAGAAUACGCAUCGCGGUUGAGGCACGCUGAAACCGAAGCAGAUGCGAAGCAGCGCGAGAUCCAGCUUGUCCAGGGCGAACUGAUCAACACCAAAUCGGAACUUGACCGCGAAAAGACGCUGCGAAAAGGACUUGAGGGCCAGUUGACCGAAGCUACGACAAACAACCUCACAUUGAGCUCGGCUAAUACCGCGAUGAAGGAGAAGAUUCACUUCCUCGAGUCGGACAGCCAAGCACAGUCGCAGGCUUUCAACGAUCUGCACCGACGGAUGCAAGAAGCUAUCGACGCAGCAGAGCUCGCCCACGAGAAGUUGCGACAAGAGGAGACUCUACGCCGCAAACUCUUUAACCAAGUGCAGGAGCUCAAGGGCAACAUCCGAGUCAUGUGCCGUGUACGACCCGCCCAUGCAGAAGAGUCGGAUCCUGCAUCGAUCGACUUUCCUGACCAAGACACAGAUAGCAAGGAGGUUGCAGUACUUGGUCCAAGCAAGCAGAGCGCGAUGGGAAAAGACAUCACUUCUUCAUAUGCGUACUCCUUUGAUCGAGUGUUCGGGCCGGCAUCGCAGAACAACCAAGUCUUCGAGGAGAUUAGCCAGCUUGUGCAAAGUGCUUUGGAUGGCUACAACGUCUGCAUCUUCUGCUACGGGCAGACAGGCUCUGGCAAAACAUACACCAUGUCAUCAGCUGAUGGCAUGAUUCCCAAGGCUACCGCUCAGAUAUACGCGGAAGCGCAGCGUCUCGAGGAGAAGGGCUGGAAAUACACCAUUCAGGGCUCAUUUGUCGAAGUGUACAACGAGACAUACAAUGACCUUCUUGGGCGCUCCGAAGAUCUUGACAAGAAGAAAGUUGAAGUCCGACACGAUCCAGCAAAGAAACAGACGUAUCUGGAGAACGUCGUCAGCCUUCCUCUGGAUGGGCCAGAUCGAGUAGACGAGAUGCUAGAGACAGCCAGCAAGAACAGGACCGUUGCGGCUACCAAGGCGAAUAUGCGAUCAAGUCGAAGUCACUCAGUUUUCAUUCUCAAACUCGUUGGUGUGAAUGAGAUCACCGGCGAGAGGAGCGAAGGUACACUGAACCUCGUUGAUCUUGCUGGUUCAGAAAGGCUUGAGCAUUCCAAGGUCGAAGGUGCACGUUUGAAGGAGACGCAGAACAUCAAUAAGAGUUUGAGCUGUCUGGGAGACGUGAUCAAUGCUCUCGGAUCAGGCAAGGAGGGUGCUCACAUCCCGUACAGGAACUCGAAGUUGACCUACCUCCUCCAAUACUCACUCGGCGGCAACUCCAAGACGCUCAUGUUCGUCAUGGUAAGCCCACUGCAAGCCCACUUGCAAGAGACCAUCACGAGUCUCAAGUUCGCCACAAAGGUGCACAACACGCACAUCGGCACGGCCAAGAAGCAGACCAAGUCGUAG